UUCCAGUGUUUUCCCCUGCGCUUGUGGUGACGAGAAGAGCUGGAAUCCCUCACAUAAACCUCUAAAGAUGAAGGCAGCAGAUGAGCCUGCCUACCUGACAGUGGGAACUGAUGUCAGUGCCAAGUACCGUGGUGCCUUUUGUGAGGCAAAGAUUAAGACAGUGAAAAGACUUGUGAAAGUCAAGGUGGUCCUGAAGGGGGAUAACUCAACUCAGUUAGUGCAAGAUGACCAAGUGAAAGGACCUCUAAGAGUUGGUGCAAUGGUUGAAACUAAAAUGCCUGAUGGAUCCUUCCAAGAAGCUGUUAUUAGCAAGUUAACAGAUGCUAGUUGGUAUACUGUAGUUUUUGAUGAUGGUGAUGAAAGGACCUUGAGACGAACUUCAUUAUGCUUGAAGGGAGAAAGGCACUUUGCAGAAAGUGAGACGCUUGACCAGCUGCCACUAACCAAUCCAGAGCACUUUGGAACACCAGUUAUUGGGAAGAAAUCUAAUAGAGGAAGAAGAUCAUCUCUUCCUGUAACUGAAGAUGAAAAAGAGGAAGAAAGUAGUGAAGAAGAGGAUGAAGAUAAAAAGCGUCUCAGUGAUGAAUUACUUGGCAAAGUUGUGAGUGUGACUUGUUGUUCUGAGAAGGCAGACUGGUAUCCAGCUUUGGUUGUAUCUCCCAGCUGUAAUGAUGAUGUCACAGUGAAGAAGGACCAGUGUUUAGUUCGAUCCUUUGCAGAUUCGAAAUUUUACUCAGUAGCAAGGAAAGACCUUAAAGAACUAGAUGUUCUAAGCUUACCAAAGUCUGAGUCCUCUACUAAGAAAGGGUUACAGGAAGCAAGCACGUUCUUCAACACAAAAGGUGUUCCUCGUAACUGGAAAAUGGACAUAAGUGAAAUUCUGGAAUCGUCUAGCAGUGAUGAGGAAGAUGGAGCUGCUGCAGAAACUGAUGAAGAGCAAGAAAAAGGAGAAGAAAAAACUGAAGAAGUAGUGCCUGAGGAAGAGCUUGAUCCUGAAGAGAGGGACAACUUCCUCCAACAGCUUUAUAAGUUUAUGGAAGACAGAGGUACUCCUAUCAAUAAGCCACCUGUUCUGGGCUACAAGGACCUUAAUCUUUUCAAACUUUUUAGAUUGGUGUAUCAGCAGGGCGGGUGUGACAAUAUUGAGAGUGGUGCUGUAUGGAAGCAAAUUUAUAUGGACCUUGGCAUUCCUAUUUUGAAUUCAGCUGCUUCCUACAAUGUAAAAACUGCUUAUAGAAAGUAUCUUUAUGGUUUUGAAGAGUACUGCCGUUCUGCAAACAUUGAGUUUAGGACUAUCCAUCACAAUGAACCAAAAGUGGUAGAAGACAUAGAGAAACACGAAGAACCAAUGGAGGAAAGUGUAAAAGAAGAACAAAACAUGUCCCCAACAGAAGUAAAGAAAGAAGUAGAAGAAAAUUAUUCCAGCAGUGAAAGUGAAAAAGAAGAAAUAGAAGUAAGAUCCCCAAGGGGGCGGAGAAGACUUGCCCGUGAUACAACCCCUGCUAAAAAAGAUAGUGAAGAGGAUAAAACACAAGACAAAUUAAAAGACUAUAAUAAAGAAAAUAAAGAUAUAGAGGAAACAGCACCUGAGACUGCAGAAAAAAAAGAAAAUGAAACUCCACUAGGGAGAAAAAGUACACCAAAGCAAAAAGAGAAAAAAAUGAAAAAACAGGAGGAAUCUGACAAAGAGUCUGAUGAAGAAGAAGAGAGGCAGAGGGAGAGGGAGGAAAUUGAAAACAAAGGAGACUCAGAAGGCGAAGAGGAUGAGGAGGAUGCAGAGCCCUGCCUGACUGGAACCAAAGUGAAAGUAAAAUACGGACGUGGGAAAACUCAGAAAAUUUAUGAAGCUAGUAUUAAAAGCACAGAAAUUGAUGAUGGAGAGGUUUUAUAUUUAGUUCAUUACUAUGGUUGGAAUGUAAGAUAUGAUGAAUGGGUGAAAGCUGAUCGGAUUAUCUGGCCUUUGGACAAAGGAGGACCAAAGAGAAAGCAGAAGAAAAAAGCAAAAAAUAAAGAUGACAGUGAAAAAGAUGAAAAGAAAGAUGAGGAGAAACAAAAGUCAAAGCGUGGGCGACCUCCUCUGAAAUCUACUCUUCUAUCAAACACAUCUUGCAGUUUAUCCAAAACACCGAAUAGUGAAGGUAAAUCAGGAGCCAGAAGUGCACGGAGCAAUUUGUCAGAUUCCUCGCCACUACCAAAUGGACUAGAAGCAGCACCUCGCAGGCAGACGAGACGUAGCUCAGGAAUGUUUGAUUCUGAUAGAGGAUCAAACGAAUCUGGCUCAUCUGACAGUGAAGCAGAUGAGUCAUCUGAGAAGAUUUUGAAUGAAGAAUUUUCUCCAGAAACUUCAGAACUGGAAAAAAAUGAGAAACUAAAUGAUGAGAAGCUAGAUGAAGAAAACCCAAAGAUUCCUCAUGCAUUGAAAGAAAAUGACAGGUCUCAAGUACAGCCAUUAGAAACACUGAAACUGGAAGUUGAAGAAAGUGAACAAAUUGUUCAGAUUUUUGGAAAUAAAACAGAACAAAUGGAAGAAAUCAAAAGAGAGGCUGAAAAAUCACCGAAAGGGAAAGGCAGAAGGAGCAAGACAAAAGAUCCCUGUUUAGAGAAUACAAGGAUUUCACCGGGAAGCCAAGAAGAGGUAGCAAAUGAAUCUCUUGUAGAAUCUGAAAGAUUAGACAUGUCUUCCGUGGACUGUAGAGAGAUUUCCAGCACUACUGAAAGCGAAACAGAACUUUGUACAAAAGAUAAGAAACUUAUGAAAAGGAAAACUGUGGAGCAGGCAUCACCUGAGAAGAGAAAUCGACGUGAGAGUGAGAUGGAAGUGCCAAAUAUUGUAUCUGAAGAGAGGACCAAUGAAUGUACUGGAGCAGAGGAAUGUAAAGGGUUGAAUGCUGAAGAGUCGCUCAGAACUGAAAAUGAGGAAAUGCCAUCCUUAGUGGCAGAAUCAGUUCAGCAUGGUCAAGAACUGAGGAAUGAAAACUAUGAAUGUCGGUCUGAAGAAAAUGAGAAUGUUCCCUUAAAAGAUGAGGAUGAUGCAAUGCCUCAGAUUGGUCCCGAAACUUUACUCUGCCAUGAAGUAGACUUGGAUGACUUGGAUGAAAAGGAGAAGAGCAGUAGUGAGGAUACCGUAUCAGAAAAGCCAGACCCUAAUGCUUCAAAUUCAAAUCAGUCUGCCUUACCCCCUGCUGUCCAUUCGAGCUUUUCAGUGGCUUCACCUCUUACUCUUAGUCAGGAUGAAUCGCGCAGUAUCAAAAGUGAGAGUGACAUGACUAUUGAAGUUGACAGUGUGGCAGAAGAAUCUCAAGAAGGUCUCUGUGAAAGCGAGUCUGCUAAUGGAUUUGAAGCCAGUACUACAUCGAGCAGUUGUAGUAUAGCAGUGCAAGAGAGAGAGAUUGGAGAAAAGGGUCAAAAAAGACCCAGUGAUAGCAAUAGUGGAACUCUGGCAAAAAAACAAAAGCGUACUCCAAAGCGAACAAGUGCUGCAGCCAAAAAUGAAAAAAAUGGAACAGGACAAAGUAGCGACAGUGAAGACCUUCCUGUCCUGGACAGUGCAAGUAAAUGUACUCCUGUAAAACACAUAAAUGCAUCCAAACCACAGAAGAUUUCUCGAUCACCUGCAAGAGUGAUUUCACCUCACAUCAAAGAUGGAGAAAAGGAUAAACACAGAGAGAAACACCACCACCAGAAUGCUUCCCCUAGAGUGUACAAGUGGAGUUUUCAGCUCAAUGAACUAGACAAUAUGAGUAGCACUGAAAGGAUCUCCUUCUUGCAAGAAAAACUACAGGAAAUCCGAAAAUGUUAUAUGUCUCUGAAGUCAGAAGUAGCAACCAUAGACAGGAGAAGAAAACGAUUAAAAAAGAAAGAUAGAGAAGUGUCACAUACAGGAGCAUCCAUGUCAUCUGCUUCAUCAGACACUGGAAUGAGUCCAUCAUCAUCUUCUCCUCCACAAAACGUGCUUGCUGUAGAAUGCAGGUGAUACACAUUUCUCUGCCUUGCCAGCAACUUGCUGCCAUGGACAUAAAUUCUGAAAUUCAACCACAGAAAGCACUCAACUGGUUUGACAUUGCCAAGUAUAUUCUGUACACACUUCCACUGCUGGACUGUAUCUGUUCUCCCCUCCUACCCUCUUUUUUUGUUUGUUUGUUUAAUUUACUGUUCAGAGAAAUUAAGCUCAUUGCUAACUGAAGGUUUGUAGGCACAAUGUGACAUGCUUGUCAUUGUGUUUGUUUUUGUUUUGUUUUUUUGUUAAUACAGAGAAAGGGCACUUAUCAAAUUUGAAAAGUUAUGUCCAAUGAAGCAUUCAGGUGUUCUAGGGAGAUCAUAGAAAAGCAAGUGCACCAAGCAGACAUCAGAAUAUUAUCAAAAAGAAUUGAGUAACUGCUGCACUUUCACCGAGCUGUAUGUUAACUCUUGGUGAGUAGUUCCUCUUUGUGGAAGCACUUGCUAUACAGAACUGCCAAAGUAUGUGUUCAGCAAUGUGCCCAGUUAUAAAGGUGUAAAUGGGACAAAAUAAAUUGUGAAAGGAAGUGUAGUUGACUGAAAACUACAGUUGUAAUAAGUCUUCCACUUUUUAUAGGAUUUUUGAGCACACAAUUAUGCAAAUAUUUUAAUGUUUAUUAAUGUUUACAGUGGAAUUGUGAAUAGGUUUUCAGUGGACUAUCUUAUCCCUUGACAAAAAUAUUUUGUCUUUUUUCUAUGUAAUUUCAGAGUUUUUAUUUUGUUACAAAAAGACGAAAAAUGAAAUAUAUAACAACAAUGAAGUUAUUUAACAAGAUUUCUAAAGCUGAAAUUUUUGUGUAAAAUAAGGUAUCUUGCAACUUGUUAAAUAUAUUUAUUCAGACAUUGGAUGUUGUAUUUUUAUGUAUUUUUUAAAAUAUUAAUAAAAUUGGAAAAAAAAAAUAGGUUAGUUCACUCUUUCGAUAAAACGUACCUAUCAGUUAUGGCUCUUACAGGAGGUUUUAUCCAGAAGCCAUGCCUACAUUUAAAGUGGGUCUGUCUGUGUAUCCUCCACAACAUAGAUCUGUAACCGGGCAUCUGGAUUAAACUAUGACUUUAUUUGGAAACUUUGGCAGUCCUAGUACUUAACAUUGUUUUGAGGAACAAAAUUUAUUGGGUUGCCCUUAAGAUACUUUGUCACAAGUUUUUAUGUUUGCUAUACUGCCGAAUGAAUUUAUAUCUCCCAAAGUUGAGAUGCAACAAUAAAGUAAAGCAACUGUGUAUGCUUUGUCUGUGGAUUGUCCCACAGACAGAUACAGUUUGUAAAUAACUUCCAAAACCAUGUAUUUAAAACAGUUUGCAUAUACAUUAUGUAUAAAGGUGAUUUUUUUAUCAAUUUUUUUAUUCAUGUUUGUACAUUGAAAGGGGUUCUUAACCCCCUUUUCUGUGUUUAAUAUGCUGUAGAGUAAUAACAUAGAUGCUCUAGACUGUAUAUCAGGAUAUUCUGGUUCACACGGCAGAAAGUCAGAACGAAACACUAGUGAUGGAGUAGCAUUACUAAAAUUGAUGUUUCUUGAAACUUCAUUUUACAACAUUUGUCAACUUGUGAUUCCAAUUCCUUCCAUUUUCGCAGAAAAUUAAAGAAAAAGUACUCUUGUAAAUGCACUUUUUCUGUCUUUUCUUAAGCAAAGCAGAACUAUUUCAAUGUAAGAUAAAUAUGGAGCUCACUAGACAGCAUUAAUAAAGGCCAUGUUUUAAACAUAGGCUUUAUAUUCUAUUUUUAUUUAAAUGAUUGCUGUUGUAAAUGUCCAAACUUACUUACCUAAAUAGGAAAAUUAUUCUUCAUAAAUUGUUGUAAAGACUUUAUUCAGAGCUAACUUUUACUGUUAAUCUUAUAAUAGCUAUGAAUAAAAAGCAAUACUCAUUUUAAAAGAACUAACAUGGGUCCCAUUUUCUCAAAUUAUCUUCCAUGUUUAAUAUUUGCAGAAGUACAUUUUAAUUUCAGUGAAAUGAUAGGGAUUAAUUUUUAUCUUACGCAGAUAUCAAACUCCUGUUUACAGAGGCUACAAAAAUCUUAAAAUAAGCAGGCAUUUACACACAUACUCGACAUGUGUACAUGAUGGAUGAGCUCCUAACAGUCUUUACUUCAGCGUAGAUGUUCCAAACGUAUACACUGACUGCUUCUCCUUAUCUUUUAGGAAUCUUUAAAAUGUUGCAAGGAUAUUGAAGGUAUGGUUCCAUCACACACACAAAUACAAUCUAACAGAUGGCUGCCCCUUGAAACAGGGAAGACUUUCUUCCUUCUUCCCUGUUUCCAGCUGCUUACCUUGCACUAGUACUCGUUGGACACCCCUGUCCCCCCUGCCCCACCACCAUAAGAACUAACAUUACUAUCCUUGCAGAAAACUAAACCUGCAGAAAAAGUGGAUGACUUUCUGGCGAGCCUCUAGCAUGUUACUGAUUUCCUAGUUUUAUCUUCCUGGCAAGAAGCAUAUCAGUUGGCCAGAUUAUUCAGUAGAUGUUUAAACAGUGGGUGGUUUUUUUUUUUGUUAUGUCAUAAGAAACUAUAGGGAAGGGAAAAGUACUACGUAACAUGGUAUUAUCCUGUACUAAAAGGGAAAUCAACAACAAACCCUACUAGGUCUUUCAUUCCUAACUCCCGUUAUAAUCCUUUCACUUCUGCUUUGUUGACAUAAAAUUAAUUCCAAAGUAUCUUCCAAUGCCUUGAAUGUUUAUGCUGUUGAGGGCAGAGUAAUUAUGAUUACACUGGGAAAAAAAAAAAAUGAAAGAUUGGAUAUAGUGUUUGCAGGAGCAGUUAAAAAUAAAGCACGCUCUUGGCAGUCUUCUCUCUUAUUCUGCCUUUUAAUCUUCUGUGGUUUUCUCAAAAUUAUAUACUUUAGCUGAAGGUGAGCUAGGAGGGGAAAAAUGCAAAGAAUUACAGGAUAAAAAUCUGCUGUUAGAAUUGUUAAAAAGAACAGUACUGUAAGAAAAUUCAGACCUUUCCCCCACUUUCUGCAGUUUAUACAAAGAGCUAUCAGAUCUCUGGCAGAUACAUUGCUUUAGACGAUAUUAGUGUGCGUCGGAAAUUUGGAGAAUGUAUUUAACAGUAGUCAGAACACUUAGCAUCUUGCGAAUAGGUGGCUGCUUUUGUUUUUGAUACUACUCAGUAUUACCUUAUAUUAGCAUAGUAAAAAGCCAAUAUAACCCCAACUUAAACAUUUUGUAUGCAAGGAUAUAAGGUGAGAAAAGAUUAGUUUCUUUACUUGUUUUAGCUUUACUUUCCUUCCAUAAAAGUGUAUGCAACCUACUUAUAUACUAAUGACUUUUUAUUUUAACUUGAAUGUAUAAAUUCCCAGUUAAAUCUCUCCUUGUUUCUGUUUCCUCCAUCAGAUUGCUUGCAUUUGAGAAACUUUCUCUUGCCUAAUCAGUCUGAAUAGAUCACACAGGAGAAGCAAAGAUGUUGGAACAACAUUAAUAAAUCAUUAUUUCAACAGAAGUUAAACAGACUUUCAGUAACAGGAGUAAAAGAAAAUUGUAACAAGGAUAAAGAAAAGUGUGUAUGUUCAUGGAGUAUAAUAUAUUUGACUUUUGCAGGCAGAAGCAGAGACCUUUAAUUUGAAGAACAGCAGUAGAGGAGAACAAGUGAUGAAAUCACUUCUUCACUGUUCAUGGUAUUUUGCACGUAUCCCUUUUUUUUUUUUUUUUCCUUUUAAGAUGUAUUAAUAACAUAAUCUAGGCAACAGCUUUUUAAGGGUGGUAUAUACUCUUUUAUUUUACCUGUAGGGAGGCCGCAUAGUAAUGACUACCAGAAUUACACAGGAUCGCUUUGGUGGAGAGCUGGAAAGAGAAUCCGAAUCUUAGGAUUCUUGGUUUCUGUAUCUCAAUCAGACUGUCAAGCCUUCCACUCCUAGCCUUCUUUCUCCAAAUAUGUUUGUGAAGAUGAAAUUUUACACACACAAAAAAAUGGUUGUCGAAGAGCAUUUUAUUAGAAGAAUUUUUUUCCCUGGUAAAAAUACUCUUGCAUUUCUGAGGAGGCCAGAUGGCUUUUCUGGACAACAUUUAUUUGAAUCCUUUUACAGUAGUAUGUCUAAGAAAUGCUGUUUUAAGCAAACUUAUGGGAGAGUUCGGUUUGAUAGCUUGAAACAAAUCUGAUCAACCAACCCGAAGACAGAUCGACAAGCUGAAACAAAAGAUGAGUAUUAGCAAAGUAUGUUGAGCUGUUUACUUCACUAAGGCUCUUGUAUUUUGCAGAUUUUGUGCACUAAGGUUUUGGUUAUUUUUAGAUCUCCAUACUCAGGAUUUUAUUCUUUGCUACAAUAUGCAGGAUAAGGAUUACCUCUGGAGAUGUGCAGAAUAGAGCAGCAAAGCAGUGGAACCUACGGGGAUGCUGCCAGCAGCUGACUCACCAAAAUUCCAGGGCCUGGAAAACGGACUGCAGCUAGCUCACACUCUCCUCUAUUUAUCAACCUAUUGCUCUCAAGUUUUGAGGAAAUCUCUCAUUCUGUCGUAUUAUCUUCCUUCAGACAGGAGGAUUUUUGAAGGAUGUUCUCUUAAAUGCUGUGCUGGGAGAGUUUAAAAUUAUUCACCUGUAUUAAUUACCACCGAUUAGCUGGCACUUAUUGGUAUAUAUUUAUUUCCUUUAAAAAUCUAUGAGUUUCUAAAAUUCAACAAGAAUUUAUUAGUCAUCCACUGCUUUGGAAGAAUAUGUAAAUUUAAUUUUUCUUGUUAAUGGUCUGAAAAUGUGUUUGUUUUAAUGUGGUUUGAUGGUGGAUUUUAUGAUUAGUCACGGGUCAUGGGCAAAUAUUGUGUUGUCAUUCAAAGAAAACUGAAAAGAUAGGACAAUCUUACUUGUGAAAGUGGACCAUUCCUCAUCGUUUCUAAGAUUAGGACUUUUCUGGCUUUUGUUUAAAUUAUCUCAGUCCUAUUGAUGGUGCUGCUCUUGCUCCUGAAGUGGCAUCCUCCCAUUUUCAGAGAAAUCCUUUCCGUUUUGGAAGGGGGCUGUUCUGAUAAUUGAUUCUACUUUAGGUUUGUGACUACCUGCAUUUAUAUUUUUCGUACCCUUAUGCUGUUGCUUGUCCUAUACUAGCAGUUUCCAAAAGUGGAAAAGGUGGCUUUCCGGGGUUUUACGGCAUUUGGCUUUAAAACACCAGUACAGCUCACUCAUUGUGAUAAAGGAAACAUGAAGUAUUGUAACUGUUAUUUUCUUUCUUGAUAUUCCAUUAUUUACCAACAAAGAAAAUCAACACUAUAGCUCUUAUCACAGCUGUGAAAAACUGCAGGUUGUUUAUCAGUAGUGUGUUUGCUUAUCUCUCAUUCUGACUGAGCCUCGUUCUUGACAGAAAGAAUUACUUCUUGUUGGCUAUGUCUUUCUGUUUCCUUGCUCUUCAAAGUAACCUAACAGUAUCGUUUCCAUUCCAGCCCUGUCAGUUUCUUAAGAUAUUUCUAAACUACUCUAUUUCUAAUCCCUCAUCUGGGUACAACCUGAUGUACCAUGCCACAUUUGCCAUGAUCCUGCCAGCUAUGCCUGUUACGUAAUAAGGGGUAAGAUGUGGAAUUUUUAUGAAAUACUUUUGUUACAUCACACGAGGGCAUUCUUUUUUUAAAAUGAUCCCCUAGACCUUUUUACAUGUAUGCACAGCUUAAAACCAUAUCCUGAGAAUUACUUACCUUAGGGAUUGGUAAGGCUUAAAACUAUUUGGAAAAAAAUAACAAAGCCCAAAGUCUUGAUGCCUUCUGUUUACACUCUAUUCUCCCACCAUGCAAAUGACCACCUUGUCUAUAUUGUUCACAUGAUUAUUGACACACGCCGGGCACAUAACCCUUCAUUUAAUCAACUCCUACAUGUAGUAUUGCUUUUUAUGGUCCAGUUUCAGAUUCUUUCAUGAUUGCCUGGUUUCAUCUAGUCUCUUAAAAUUUUCUCCAUUGUUCAUUCCUUUUCCUUUUUUUUCAGUUUAUUGCACUGUAAAUUUAAUGACUCAAGCUUUUCUGCCUUUUCAGCUGUUGCCCUCCUGAGUUACUGUAUACCUCUGGGUAUACAGUAUACCACUGUAUGCUUCCUACAGCUACAGGUAAGUGGCACUUCUCCCACAGAAGUGAGUCGUGAGAGGAGCUGCGUUAUCCGUGGUAAACACCAUCUCUUCCAGCUCCUCUGGUGUCUGGCCAUGUCAGGGUCACUUUUGUGCCCUGUCACAAGUUGCAGCAUUUCAGUUCCCUGAGAUAUUCUCCCUUUAUGUAUUUAUGUCUUGAAGGCAGUAAAAUGCUAUAAUAAACCUGUGUUUUGAUGUUUUUCUUUUUUUCUUUCCACAUGUAUUAACUGCAGGAAUUAAAAAGCCCCUGCUUUACCAGGAGCUGAGAAAGAAAAUGCUCGGCUGUAGGAG